AUGGUUCCCACUAGCACUACUACCGUGCCAACGUCAACCACUACAGUGCCGACAUCCACAACCACUGUACCAACGUCGACAACCACUGCACCAACGUCUACAACUACAGUGCCUACAUCCACCACUACCAUGCCAACGUCGACAACCACUGUGCCGACGUCGACAACCACUGUGCCCACGUCUACAACUACAGUGCCUACUUCGACAACCACUGUACCAACGUCGACAACCACUGUACCAACGUCUACAACUACAGUGCCUACUUCGACAACCACUGUACCAACGUCGACAACCACUGUACCAACGUCUACAACUACAGUUCCUACGUCGACAACCACUGUGCCAACGUCGACAACCACAGUGCCGACGUCGACAACCACGGUGCCCACGUUACAACUACAGUGCCCACGUCGACAACCACUGUACCAACGUCGACAACCACUCUACCAACGUCUACAACUACAGUGCCUACUUCGACAACCACUGUACCAACGUCGACAACCACUGUACCAACGUCUACAACUACAGUGCCUACUUCGACAACCACUGUACCAACGUCGACAACCACUGUACCAACGUCUACAACUACAGUUCCUACGUCCACCACAACUGUACCAACGUCGACAACCACAGUGCCGACGUCGACAACCACUGUGCCCGACGUCGACAACCACAGUGCCGACUUCGACCACCACUGUGCCGACGUCGACAACCACUGUGCCCACGUCAACAACCACUGUACCAACUCUCAACCACUACAGUGCCGACUUCGACAAACACUGUACCAACGUCGACAACCACUGUACCAACGUCGACAACCACUCUACCAACGUCUACAACUACAGUGCCUACUUCGACAACCACUGUACCAACGUCGACAACCACUGUACCAACGUCUACAACUACAGUUCCUACGUCCACCACUACUUUACCAACGUCGACAACCACAGUGCCGACUUCGACCAACCACUGUGCCGACGUCGACAACCACUGUGCCGACGUCGACAACCACAGUGCCACGUCUACAACUACAGUGCCUACUUCGACAACCACUGUACCAACGUCGACAACCACUCUACCAACGUCUACAACUACAGUGCCUACUUCGACAACCACUGUACCAACGUCGACAACCACUGUACCAACGUCUACAACUACAGUUCCUACGUCGACAACCACUGUACCAACGUCGACAACCACUGUACCAACGUCUACAACACAGUGCCUACGUCCACAACCACUGUACCAACAACUCGACCCCACGUGCCGACAUUCGACACCACUUUGCCGACGUCACACCAAACAGCGCGCGACUUCGACCACUCACGUGCCCGACGUCUAACACUACAGUGCUACUUCGACACGCACGGCUGCCCCACGCCUACAACUACAGUGCCUACUUCGACAACCACUGUACCAACGUCGACAACCACUCUACCAACGUCUACAACUACAGUGCCUACUUCGACAACCACUGUACCAACGUCGACAACCACUGUACCAACGUCUACAACUACAGUGCCUACUUCGACAACCACUGUACCAACGUCAACAACCACAGUGCCCACGUCUACAACUACAGUGCCUACUUCGACAACCACUGUACCAACGUCGACAACCACUGUACCAACGUCUACAACUACAGUGCCUACUUCGACAACCACUGUACCAACGUCGACAACCACUGUACCAACGUCUACAACUACAGUGCCUACUUCGACAACCACUGUACCAACGUCGACAACCACUGUACCAACGUCUACAACUACAGUGCCUACUUCAACAACCACUGUACCAACUUCAACCACUACAGUGCCGACUUCGACAACCACAGUGCCUACAUCCACAACCACUGCAACGCUGACCCAUACACACAUGGGCGACUUCGCAACACGCACGGUGCCCACGUACUCCAACUACAAUGCCUACCUUCGACAACCCACUGUACCAACGUCAACCACAACUAUACCAACGUCAACCACUACAGUGCCGACUACUUCGACCACCACUUUGCCGACUUCGACAACCACUGUACCAACGUCUACAACUACAGUGCCUACUUCGACAACCACUAGUUUACCAACUCGACAACCACUGUACCAACGUCGACAACCACACUGUACCAACGUCUACAACUACAGUGCCUACAUCCACAACCACUGUACCAACGUCGACCACAACGGUGCCAACGUCAACCACUACAGUGCCGACUUCGACCACCACUUUGCCGACUUCGACAACCACACCACGUCCAACGUCUACAACUACAGUGCCUACGUUCCACCACUACCAUGCCAAACGUCGACAACCACAGUGCCGACGUCGACAACCACGGUGCCCACGUCGACAACCACGGUGCCCACGUCUACAACUAACAACACAUGUUGUCCCGAUAACGGAAUCUGGUCAGAAUGGACACAAACACCUGAACAAUGUUCAGACUACUGUGGAUCAUGUGGAAAUGUUACCAAAACUAGAACUUGUUUGUCCGAAGCUGAUGGCUGCCCUUGCAAUGGAGCUACCACCAUAUCAACUCCCUGCAACACCGACGUGUGCUACUUCCCUCGUUUGUCGUGCUGUCCUGGAUUCACAUCGACCGUCAUCAAGGGACGGCAUUCGUGUGGCCCUGUGCCAGUCGUUCCCGAAGAACCAUACAUCAACACUUGCGGAGUAGACUGCUGCCCAUCGAAAGGAAUCUGGGGCGAGUGGAGCGUUACUGUACCUUGCAAUGAUACUUGUGGUUCAUGUGGAACCCAAGUCCGCUCUAGAAAGUGCCUUUCACUACAAUACGGAUGCUCCUGCACAGGGGAAGCCGUUGAAAAUCAAGUUUGCGGAACAGAUGUGUGUUUGUUCCCGAGAACGACGUGCUGUCCCGGCUUCACAAAGAAGGCAGAUGCCAAAACCAAAACGUUUUUCUGUGGACCACUCCCAGUGGUGCCUGCGUUCAAUCCCGAGCAGACCACUUGUUGCGAUCCAGAGAAGAAAGGGCUUUGGAACGAAUGGACAGAAUGGUCGACCUGUUCUGCUGAUUGCGGCCUCUGUGGUACUCAGGCGCGUAAUCGUACCUGUGCCUCAGCUCCAUACGGUUGUCCAUGCACGGGGAGCACUACCGAAUCGAGAGAUUGCGGACAGGCGGCUUGCACAACUGCUCCUGCAUGCUGUAAGGGCUAUCCGGCAGUAGGAUACGACGGCGCCAAAUUUUGUCAACCGGAACCGCCCGUGCAAUGUCCUGGUACAUGGACAAACUGGAUGACAGCAUCGGGUGCCACUUGUAACGAUACCUGUGGAAUGUGUGGUGUCAUAUCUUCCUAUCGUUACUGCUGGCCUUCGGGAUGCCAGUGCACUGGAGCGUUCAAAUCAAAUCAAGCUUGUGGAUCUCCCGUCUGUACAUUCCCGAGAGCGACAUGCUGCGCUCCAUACGUGAAGAAGAUCGUGAACAAACAGUUCGUAUGCGCGUAA